ACAACCUUCAGCUGCAUCCCCAUUCCCAAGUCAUGUGCGUUUUCCAUAUGCUUCUCAUCACCCCAUCGACCAUGUGAUGAACCAUUGAAUACAGCAUCGUAUGUUGAAACAAGUGCCAUGGAAAUCAUGCAUUGAUUCAUGUAGAAUGAAUAACUUGAUAGAAAACCGACAAAAGUUCGGCACAUGGUAAUGAGCUUCUUCCGGCCAUUCGACAGCGUUAUAUUGCGGCUUCUUCUUCUUCCUCAGCUUCUCGAUGAAGGAGGAGGUGCCAUCCGCGGUACAGCCUCCCAAGUCAUUGUAGAGACUAUACCGGCGACAGGGCGAGGAUGGGAUCCAACCCAAAGCUGGUGAAGAGACUUAGACAGCAGCAGUCGCGGGGUUUGGGCGUCGGCCUCAUCGUGGGAUGCCUUCUGUUGUCGAUGACCUACGUUACGGUGUUUAGGACUGACAUCGACCUCCUCUCCAUCCUGAAUUCGUCGCCGCCGUCGUCACCUAUCAUUGCAGCUCCCACGGAUCCACCUGCGGUUGCAAACAUGACGUGGUUUCGUCAGCUAGACGACGAAGAUGGCAAUCGGCCACAGAAUGGCCAAUCGGCUGCUGCUCCCUCUGUGAAACAACAACAUCUUCCCAGCACCACCGAGAGAGCAGAUGUGGUAGCUCGGAGGCGGAGCAAGCCCCUGUGCGAUCUCUCCGAGUACAGAACCGACGUGUGCGACAUGGAAGGCGACAUCAGGAUAGUCGGGAAGGGUUCAUCCACCGUCAUGCUCGUUCCGCCCAACGGCAGUAGCGGAACGAGUGAAUCGUGGGAGGUCAAGCCUUACGCUCGAAAGGGGGAUCGCACGGUCACCCGCAACGUCCGCAAAGUGAAGGUGAAGUCGCUGCAGGAGCACGAAGAAGCUCCUGUAUGCAGCCUCCAUCACACCGUCCCCGGCGUCCUCUUCGCCAGCGCCGGCUACUGCGGCAACAUCUUCCACGACGUCGCGGACGUGCUGCUUCCCCUCUUCAUCACCUCUAGCGGAUUCGACGGCAACGUGCAGUUCCUCGUCGCCAACAACCAGUCCUGGUGGUUCUACAAGUACCACCACAUCCUUCAGAAGCUCUCCUCGCACGAGCUCAUCAACUACGAUCACGACGACAGAGUACACUGCUUCAAACACGUCAUCGUCGGUCUGCGCGCCGACAGGGACUUGAUGGUCGACGCCUCCAGAUCGGCGCAAGGUUUGUCCAUGCUGAACUUCGUGAAGUUCCUGAGAAGCGCGUACUCGCUGGAGCGGGAUCGGCCGUGGACGGCGGGCGGGCCGCCCGGAAGGAAGCCGCGGCUGUUGUUCAUCGCGAGGGGCAGGUCGAGGAGGUUCGUGAACUUGGACGAGAUCGUGCGGCUGGCGGAGCAGGUUGGUUUCGAGGUGGUGAUGGCGGAGCCAAGCUUCAUGGACGUGGGCAGGUUCGCCGGCACCGUGAACUCGUGCGACGUGAUGGUGGGCGUGCACGGGGCGGGGCUGACCAACAUGGUGUUCCUCCCCACCAACGCCGUGCUGAUCCAAGUGGUGCCGCUGGCGAAGCUGGAUUGGAUAGCGGCGAACUACUACGCGGAGCCUGCCAAGGGGAUGAAGCUGCGGUACUUGCAGUACGAGAUAAGCGAGGAGGAAAGCACGCUGAUCGAGCUGUAUCCCAGAGACCACAAGGUGUUCAAGGAUCCGGACUCGAUUCACAAGCAAGGGUGGAAGAAGAUGGGGGAGGUGUACCUGCGGAAGCAGAACGUGAAGCUUAAUGUGAACCGAUUCCGACCGGUCCUGGAGAAGGCGCUGCAGCUUCUCAAAGAGAAAGCAGAGCACACGAGAGAGUAAGCCAGAGAUUUUACAGUCGAUAUUAUCCGGUAGAUAUGUUCUUUUUCUUCUUUUGUAUACUCAUCGAUUCCAUUCCAUUGUCCAAAUAAUGUGGUUCAAAGUGUCGAUUGUGAAAUCGCAGAAUCUUGAUUUGUGUUCAUUAAAUUAAUAGGACUAAAAAUUCAUUAUCUA